UGAUUGGAUGAGGCCUCAGGGCAGCUGGGUAAAGGCGGCUGGCUUCACCGUCGUCCUCUUCGCGGUCGGCGUCGGCAUCAGCCUCGGUCGGGGUCGGAUCGGGCCCCACCCCCUCCCACCGUCGACGUCUUGGCGGUCAGCGUCGGCAUCAGCCUCGGUCGAGUUCGGGCUCACCCCCCCUCCCCCUUGGCGCACACUUGCAGGUUGCGUCCCGCGGCUUCCUAGCGCACCCUGUAUAUACAAGGGACACCGGCCUCUGCCUCACCCCAACCACCACACCAAUCUCCUCCCAUUUGAAUCCUAUCUAACAAAUCGCAUCGCCCAAUCGGAUCGGAUGGCUUCCGCUGCCAACGUGAAGCUUGAGGAUCUCGGCGCCGCCGUCGACGAGCUCGACCAGAUCAGCAGCGGAUCUAGAGCUCAUCACCUCGUGGAGCACACUUCAAGCUCGAGCGUUCCAAGCUCGGUCAUGGACGUUCAAUCACUGCUUCCCCAAGCCAUGACCAUGAGUAUCUCCACGCCUGAGCUGCUCUUGCCCCUCGGCGAGGGGACUCUGGACGACGUCGACGACCUCCUCACGCGCGAGCUGCGCGUGCCGUUCUUGGCUCUGGGCGCCGCCGCCGCGCCCUACUCCGGCAACGGCAGCGACGGCGGCUUCGCGCGCGAGCACGGCAUGGAUGCUGAGCAGGUUAAGAUUGAUAUUCCCAGUGGAGCGGCAAACGCAGCCGCGGACGCAGAUGCUCGCGGCGGCAACCUUGCUUCGGCCGUAAUCGGGAUCGCCGCUGCCUCAUUUGCGGUAACUAUGCUCGCCGCCGGCGCCAUCAGUCCGCCGCUGACAUUUGGUCUCUUUGUGCUUCUGCUCGGCGGCCUCUCUCUUGCUGUCUCCGGUGUUCGUCGUUCGUAAGGGGAUUGGUCAAAUUCCUCUUUGUAUCUUUCUUUCUUUCUUUCUUUCUUUAUUUCCAUGGCAUUUUUCAUAUUGAAUAAUGGGGGAAGGAAAUGGUACGAGUCAAUGUGGUGAACUUGGUUGACAUGGGAUGAUUUAACAUGCUCCUGCCUAAUUUUGGCCC